CUUCUGCCCCAGAAGGGCACUUUAAUGUCACUUAACCCUUUUUAUAUCAAACCCAGGAGAAGUUCAUCCCCUGGCCAGCUGCUGUGCUGUUUGCAAGUGGGGUGGGAAGGGUGAUGCCGUGAUCUCCAUCUGAGGCCAGGCCGCUCAGACGAGUCUGAGCUCUGAGCACAGUGAGAAGGGUUUAAAAACAUCCCCAUAACUAAAGAAUCAGGGAGAGGGGAGGCAGUUCCUGGGUUCUCUUUCCAUAGGAGCCGGGAGGAUGCCCUCACACCCGGCUCGGGAGGAGCGGGAGCUGGAUGGAUCCCGGGGUCAUGGCUUGUGCUGUCACGCAGUGAAAUGGGGAGUGUAUGGAGGGAAGAGGCCGCGGUGGGGGCUCAGCCCGGCAUCUCCGCCAGGCCCGGGCAGGCACCCACCACGGCCCCGGGCCAAGGAAAACAGCGGCAACCCGAUCCCUUCCCCACGGCAGCGGGGCCCACUGUUUAUCCUGGAGGCCAAGCCGGAGGAGCUGGGGCCCCGCGCAGAGCUGACAGCCGAUUCCCGACCCGCCGGCCGCAUGGCGCUGGUGCUGGGAGCCGUGCUGCUGGCUGCGGGGGCCGCCGUGCCUCCGGCUCUGCCCGCUCCCCGAGACCUGGCUCGCUCGGUGCUGGAGACCCACGGGCAGGAGCUGCGGCUGCUGAAGGUGCUGGGAGUCGCCAGGACGACGUUCGACUGGGGCACCCAUUUCAGCAUCAACUUCACCGCCCGGCAGCCCGCCUGCCCCAAACACCUCCCCGAGCGCCGUGGGGCCGGCUGCCAAGCUCGGCCGGGCAGGGUGCAGCGGUGCACGGCCCAGGUCUCUGUCUUUGCCUUCCUGCCCGACGUGCCGCUGUCAAUGGUGGAGUGCGGCAAGGAGCCGCCCAGUGGCAGCACCCAGCUCCGCUCCCCUGGCACCCCACGAGCCGUCAGCACCAACCCAGGUCAUCCAUCAUCAUCAUCCUCCUCGCAGCCACCCCAGCGUCCCAGGCCCCACGCUGGCACAUCUCUCCUGGGGACACCCCGCCACCCCCCAUCCCCAGUGGAGCUGGAAUAA